ACUAGUCAUCAUCAGGUUUAAGUAACUGGAAGAGAAGCGUCCAUUCUUUUAGCUCGUAACGAUGGAGGAACACUCUGAUCUGCCUUCGAGAUCCAUGGACAUGGAGGUUGCAGCAACUGCUCUACCCCUCAACGACGAAGAGUAUGUCUAUGAGGAUGCGCGGAGCGAGGAGUGCAGUGAAGUGGAAGACGCCGACCAAAAAUACUAUGAAAGCAGAUUGAAGGAUAUUGAUAAUGGAGAUCAAGACAGUUAUCCACACAAGUUUGCUGUUUCGAUUUCUGUCUCUGAGUUCAUUGCCAAGUAUAAAAGCUUAUUCAACGGCGACCAUGUUGAAGACGACCAAGUUUCUGUAGCCGGACGGAUAAUGAGCAAGAGAUCAUCAUCUUCCAAGCUUUCAUUCUAUGAUUUGAAUGAUAGUUGUUUAAAGGUCCAAGUGAUGGCUGAUUUAAGGAAGUCUGAACUAGACAAAGAUGAGUUUGCAAAGCUCCAUGCCUUUGCUAAGCGUGGUGAUAUCGUCGGUGUCACUGGUUUUCCAGGAAAAACUAAGAGAGGAGAGUUAAGUAUCUUCCCACGAUCGUUUACUGUGCUGUCUCCUUGCCUCCACAUGUUGCCGAGUCCUGCUAACAAUAAGGUUAGGGAAAUUUGGUCUCCAGGACACCUAAGACAUCCUCAAACAUAUGUUCUUAAAGAUCAGGAAACUCGUUUUCGCCAGCGGUAUCUUGAUCUGAUGAUGAACAAUCAUGAGAUUCCACAGAUAUUCAAGACCAUUGAUAACAUAAACAAAUACAUUAGAAGAUUCCUCUCCCUUCUUGAUUUCGUAGAGGUUUCGACUCCAAUGUUGCACACGAUACCCGGUGGAGCAGCUGCGCGUCCCUUUGUGACACACCACAACGACCUCGACAUGAAGCUAUACAUGCGUAUCUCACCCGAACUUUACCUCAAGCAGCUUGUCGUCGGCGGCAUGGACCGUGUCUACGAGAUUGGGAAGCAGUUCAGGAACGAGAGUAUUGACAUGACGCACAACCCCGAGUUCACCACUUGCGAGUUCUACAUGGCUUACGCGGACUACAAUGACUUGAUGAAAAUGACUGAAGAUUUGCUGAGUGGGUUGGUCAAGGAGCUAACGGGUGGUUACAGAGUCAAGUACCAUGCUAAGGGAUAUGAUAAGGAUCCGAUAGUAAUCGACUUCACUCCUCCAUACAGGAGGAUUGAUAUGAUAGGAGAGUUGGAGAAGGUUGCUAAUCUCAGCAUACCAAAGGAUUUGGCUAGUGAGGAAGCUAACAAGUAUCUCAUUGAUGCAUGCGUGAGGUUUGGUGUCAAGUGCGCAGCUCCUAUGACAACUGCUCGUUUGUUGGAUAAACUUGUUGGACACUUUCUGGAAAGGACAUGUGUUAACCCCACUUUUAUAAUGAACCACCCGGAGAUAAUGAGUCCUUUGGCAAAGUCGCAUAGAUCCAUCAAGGGGUUGACUGAACGGUUUGAGCUGUUCAUUAACCAACACGAACUGUGCAAUGCAUACACUGAGUUGAAUGACCCUGUGGUACAGCGUCAGCGUUUUGCUGAUCAGCUCAAGGAUCGGCAAAGUGGAGAUGAAGAGGCGAUCGCAUUGGAUGAGAGCUUUUGCACAGCUUUGGAGUAUGGAUUGCCUCCUACAGGUGGUUGGGGACUUGGAAUAGACCGGCUUGCUAUGUUGCUUACCGACUCCCAGAACAUUAAGGAAGUUAUUACCUUCCCACUAAUGAAGCCUCAGGCUCAGGAUGCAGCUCCAGAAGCUGAGGAUAGCAAGGUUUAAAGGAGUGCCCAUUGUUUCUUGAAAUAAAGAUAGUUUUUCUGAUUUUUUUCUGAUUUUCUUGUAAUUAAACCAAAAUAAUAAUAAUAAUAAUAAUAGUUUGUAUUUUAAA